UUGUCCAGCGUGCCGAGGCAUAACACCCCCACAGAGACACAGAGGUGACUGUGGAAAGAGCGAGUUUUUUCUUUCUUUCUAUCUCUCCAGAUAGUUGAAAGUAACCGAAUACGGACUGAAUCAACUUCACAUUCCUGAUAGGGUAGCAUUCGCUCACCUUCUUUCCAAGACACUUGGGCACAGACUUGCUUCGAGACUUGAAUAGGGGAGAAGAUGUGGAUAUUUUCCGACAAUUCAAAGUGUAUUUUUUCCAUCUGGAAGCAGUGGUGUUUGUAUUACGCAGCGGUGGUGUGUUUGUUGUUUUCUCCUGUCAGGACGGACAAUGCUUGCCCGUCAUCGUGCAUCUGUGCCAAAGACUCGGGGACAGUGACCUGCCGUGAUGGGGAGGACGCCGAGGUGCCGGGAGACAUACCGGAGUGGACGUCCACCUUGAUACUCAAAGGGAGAAACAUUUCAACUUUACAUCGUGGUGCGUUCAUGAGCAACGGCACAGAGUUGCAAAUGACGACACUCUCGCUGUCCCACAACGGGAUACAGGCGAUCGAACCUUACGCCUUCCUGGGACUCCCCCGCUUGCAUUUGCUGGAUCUGAGCCACAACCAGCUAGAGUACAUCUCUGGUAGGGCUUUCCACGGGUUGCUGCAGCUCCGCUCUCUUUACCUCAAUCACUCGAUUUUACCCGCGGCCACGGAGCAGCUCUCCAAUGCGCUCAACACGCAAAGUCUGCUCAGCCUGCACAGACUGGAGUUAGCGGGAAACGCGCUGAAGUCAAUCCCCCCGCUGCGAUCAGAUAUGCACAACCUGCACGCGUUGGUGCUGAUGAAUAACUCCAUAGCGAGCAUAACGGGAGGAAACUUAACAAUGUUGUACCAACAAAAGCGCAUUCGCGUCUACUUGGCGCUGAACCCUUUCCGGUGCAACUGCGACCUAGGGGCAUUUUACUACUGGUUGAAGAACUCCUCCCAGUGCCCGGAUGCUGGGCGUCUGCUGUGCAGCGAGCCGGAGGCCAAGAGGGGGGUUCCUGUGGAGAACCUCCGCGAGGAGGACGUGGAUUGUAUGAACGAGAACCUCGAGGCGGUUUCGUACGUGUUCCUCGGGAUAGUGUUGGCUCUGAUCGGGGUGGUGUUCCUGAUGGUGCUGUAUCUCAACCGGAGAGGCAUCAAACGGUGGCUCAACAACAUCAGGGACGCGUGCCGGGACCAGAUGGAGGUCUACCAUUACCGCUACGAGCAGGACUCAGACCCGAGGCUGGCCAACGUGGCUGUUUAACCUCCCCCCUCCUCUCAUGUUUUUCAGCCCCUGGUCAAUAAACUGCAUGUGGCAUUCCACUCACACUGGCUUUUGCACACAGCCAAACACAGUUAGGAGACUUAGAGCACUAUUGUAUAUAUUGCUUUUCAUGCAUCAUCUCAACAUGCACAUUCUAAAGCAGCUUGCAUUAGAACGUAGUAUUAUCUUUCUAACAUAGUGACACAUAAAGGUAGUAAAGGUACAUAGAAUUUGUCAUUUGAAAAAACUGGAAUGAAACAGUGGAUCAAUUGGAUUUCUGAAAACUGCAGCUCUUUGCUAAUUGCUGCAAACAAAUGGCCUAUAUUCCAAAGUCUCCAGAGGCAGAAACAGGUAUUUGAGUUUGUAAUCUACCGAGGGAGUGCAUACUGUAACGGGCGAGAGAGAAACGUGGCUGAGAAGGAGACUCGGGCAGGUAGGACGAGGCAAGGGAGCUGGUGAGUGCCAUGUUAGUGCAAGCAGGUGAUGCUUGAGUAAGUCGCGUUUCAUCACCAGGAACAUGGUUAACAACAUGGCCUUUCAAAAAGCCUUUGAUCUCUGAAAAUAACACACGUGUAUCAUUUGACACAUGGUCAAUUUAUCGGUGAAAGGUCAGAAGAGGAAGUGAAGGAAUCUAACCAUGCACCCCCCUGCGACUAUUGUAGGCACAGAAAAGCAACCAAUCCAUGAAUAAAGAGUCAAAUAAAAAUGGUGAGUAGGCAGUGUUCCUUACGUCAGUGCAUUUUAUCAUCAUUGUCAGGAGUGUUGACAGCCAUGUGCCAGACAUUAAACACAGGCAGCAAGUGUUUCCUGCUCAUAUUUUGUGAAAAGUUUUUGUAACAUUGCUGCAAGCAGGUGUGAAUGAGUGCAUUGUCGCCAUGUGAAGUUUUAAUGAACUCCAGUAAAAUGUCCCAUCAUCAGCACUCUUGCCGGCCAGAAAAGGUAUCGACUACCUCGCCUGCUUCUUUUCAAAGCUCCAAAUAGUUGGGCUGGUAGAGGUCCGCCGCUGGAGGGAAAUAUACAGUAUAAAAGAAAGGCAUGACAGGCAUCAACAGUGUUAAUCGCAUUAGCUCUGUUAGAAACCGUGAGCCUCAAGCCGUGAAGUCGGGAUCUCUCUGCCCCCCCGAGCUCAUCAACCGUCUGAACCGAAGGUCCAACAUAUUAAGCUGGAAAACAGCAGGAGAGCAGGAAUGUGUGUGUGUGAGAAAAUUCCUUGUUGUUCUGGAUCUGUUUCCUCUUGGUUAAAUGCACUUAUUAUAAGUUGCUCUGGGUAAAAGCUUCAGCUAAAUAAAAAAAAUAUAAUGUAAGUAACUUAAUAGAGUCCAGUUCUACAUUUUUAUAAUGUAAGGGUUGAUUAAUAUGUUUUUUGCAUCGAAUAACCGGCUGGCUAAACAAAAUCAGUGUCAAUUCCCCUGCUUUCACUCUUCUAUAAAUCAUAAUAAAGUGAAUAUUACAACACA